AAAGAAUUUAAUUCUAUUUUUUUUUGGAUUAAGAAAUGAAGAUGUGGGCGGUUGUGUUUACAGUGCUUUACUUUGGAGCUAAAAAUGUCCAUGCUGCACCUGAACCCAAAGAUGACAAAGUUUUCAACGUUACAAUGACCAGGGUGAAAGUCGGGGUAAUAAACAUGGAUGUGAACGCAGUUUGCAGAGCUGCUGGAUAUGUGACUCGUGCCGAACUUGCGGCAUACACCACCACUACUGAAGAAAGCGAUCCGGAAACAGGAAACAAACCUACAAAUACCACCGAACCUGAUACAACAACUACGUCAGAAAAAGCUACUACUAAUAAACCCAGGAGCACAAUAACAACGACAAAACCCGACGCAACAACUACAUCAGUAGAAGCUACUUCUAAUGAACCUGGGACCACAAUUAUAACGACAGAACCCGAUGCAAUAAGUACGUCAGAAAAAGCUACUACUAAUAAGCCCGGGAGUGCAAUACCAACGACAGAAUCCGAUGCAACUACCACGUCAGAAAAAACUACUACUAAUAAACCCGGGAGUACAAUAAGAACAACAGAAGUCGAUGCAACAACCACGUCAGAAAAAGCUACUACUAAUGAACCCGGGAGUACAAUAACAACGACAGAAUCCGUUGCAACUACCACGUCAGAAAAAACUACUACUAAUAAACCCGGGAGUACAAUAACAACAACAGAAGUCGAUGCAACAACCAUGUCAGAAAAAGCUACUACUAAUGAACCCGGGAGUACAAUAACAACGACAGAAUCCGAUGCAACUACCACGUCAGAAAAAACUACUACUAAUAAACCCGGGAGUACAAUAACAACAACAGAAGUCGAUGCAACAACCACGUCAGAAAAAGCUACUUCUAAUGAACCCGGGAGUACAAUAACAACGACAGAAUCCGAUGCAACUACCACGUCAGAAAAAACUACUACUAAUAAACCCGGGAGUACAAUAACAACAACAGAAGUCGAUGCAACAACCACGUCAGAAAAAGCUACUUCUAAUGAACCCGGGAGUACAAUAACAACGACAGAAUCCGAUGCAACUACCACGUCAGAAAAAACUACUACUAAUAAACCCGGGAGUACAAUAACAACAACAGAAGUCGAUGCAACAACCACGUCAGAAAAAGCUACUACUAAUGAACCCGGGAGUACAAUAACAACGACAGAAUCCGAUGCAACAACUACGUCAGAAAAAACUGCUUCUGGUAUACCCGUUAACACAGGCUUUUCUCCCACAAAAGGUGGAGUUUCAACUACGCCAACUGUAGUGGACGGAACCUCUUCCGGAACUUUGACGACGGCAGAAGACACAUUAUCAACAACGGAUUCAACUACAUCUAUUGUAGUCACAUCUAAACCGGGAACUAAAACAAAUAGUAAUGGACCAACUACUUCACCGACCACUCUUACAUCGAUAGGACCCAAAUCUACCAUGCUUGCAGAACCAACUACGGAUAACUCAUUCGUGACUCCAUCAACUACACUAAAGGAAGAAGCAAUCACUCCAGAUAAAACAUCUAAGAUAACAAAGCCGGGAGGACGCAAGCCGACUACAGUAACGGAAUCUGUUUCAACUACCACGGAAGAUAAUAAAGGAACAUCUGCUGAUAAGCUUGGAAUUGACGAUGGGCGGAAAAUAAAUUAUAGUGUCUACGGAUACCUGGCACUGUCUCUCCUGUUAGCUGCUAUUAUCAUCUGGAUCAGCUAUAUGAUAUACACUAGGCAUCAAGCCAACAGUUAUGUUCUACCACCGCCUGCCCCAGAGGCUACGCCACUCAACCACAUCACGACUGCUGCGUAGUUCCUAGUUAGGAAGGAGUUUAAAGAAUUAUAAGAUAAAAGCCAGUUUGAGAUACCCUGAUACAAACAUCAAGGGUAUUAUAAAGUAAGAUGGCCCCUGUUUAACCAACUUGACAAUUGACACUGACAAUAUCUUGUUCAUUUCUGGGUAAUUUCUGGGUUGGUAAGUAACGACAACGAAUAUUUAUUGUCAGGAGCAAUUUUCGGAUAAUUUGUUAAUGUAAGUCCACAAUUUUUAGAGUGGUGAAACAGGGGCCUACCGGCUAGAUCAUACUAAUAGAUAUAAGGUGAUUAAUGAUUAUGUAUAGCUUAGCAAUUAUUUAAAACGAGGUGUUUACCAUACAUACUCAGAAAAAUACGUGUUCUAAAAUGGUAUAUUUGUAGUUGUUUUAGUGUCAUUCAUUCAUUCAUAGUCGGUGCAGUAAACUCCGCUUAGGAAGAUAACUAGUAGGACACGUCAAAAACGCGUAAAUGAAAAUGUGUAUGACAAGAAAGGCAGGCGAAAGUAUGAAAUGGCGUGUAAUUCAAGAAAUCGAAUUAAACGGAUUCUACUGUCAGUUUUUGAAUAAUGUAGUUUGUAGAGAAGAUUCCCGCGAACAUAUAUUAUAUUUUAUUAGCACAUAGAUCGACACAAAUAUGGUUUUUUUUAGUCUAAAUUCGUGAUAAGGAUUAUUUUUAAAUUAACAAUUUUUUUUAAGUAACUUAAAAUAAUAGAUCGGUGCCACAGAAUUAGAAGUGUAACCAAAAUCAUUUUUUAAGUUAAUCUAAGGGAUGUCUAAAAUAUGUAAGUAUAUGUAUUAUAAGUUGGUAAUCAUAAAGGAUAAAUAUAUUUACAAAUUGAAAUGAUUUCGUCAAGUUAUCGAAAUAAACGGAAAUCGAGCACGAUAACAUUUAAUGAACAGAAUGAUUAGGUAUGUUUAUUAUAGUUAUCAGAACUAAUUUAAACUAUCAAGCUGCAAUUGAAAUAUGUAUACGAUAUUCGAGUGACCUAUAGCAAAGUUCUUUGUUUAGAGCAGUUUUUGCAAGUUUAUUCCCGAGAAGAUUUUUGUUUUUAAAUUGACCCGUGAAAAAGUUCUUUUGCUUAGAGUAGUAUCUACAAGUUUUUAUCCAAAUACGGGAAUGAUUUUGAUUUAAAAAGUAGUCUGUGCAUGUAGGAAUAUUUGCGUCAAAACUACUGAGCCGGUUUUGGUGUAUAUUAUAUAAAUUAAUUUGUUUUUAAAACUCGGGUCACAUGGUAGUCCAUGACGUCCGAGUCCGUGAAGACUCGACUUAAACGUGAAAACCGCUAAAAUUAAAAGAAUAAAAUAGUAAUUCGAUUUUAACUAGUGAUUUAUUCAUAUAGCUAAUGUGCAUAUUUUAUGAUUCAUUUUUCAAAUAGCAUUUGUUGUCUCAAAUGGUGAAAUGUCAUCUAAAUGUUAUGUAACUUAUGCCUAAUGAAUGUUACUAAAUUUAUUGUGAGUAUAAAUGGAACUAGAAAAUAAACUUUUUGAAGGUUAAAAACACGGUAUCUACAUACUGCUAAUACUGCAUACUGCUUCACUAAAAGAAAUGGUUUGCAUAACUGUAACAAAAUUUUGGUUACUGUUUACACAAAAAUUGGGACUUGCGAACUAUGUGUUAUAUGUUACAAAACCGUGUUUAGCUAUCAGUGUUCAGGUACUGGGUAUACACUACAAAAUAAGUUUGUAAAUUUAUGCAAAGUUUAUUUUCUUAUAACCGUAGUUUAGUUAUUUAGUAAAGUUACAAAACCAGUUCGGCUAUCUAUUUUUUUCAGUGUUCCCACAUGAAAAAACACAUUCAGCUAUAAUAUUAAGUAUGUUUGUAGCUGUUUGUUAUUUAAUGUAUUUCCAAUAAUUUUAUUUUUAUAUUUUAAUUGUAUUUUGUAAUGUGUCAUAGGUUGUGCUAUACAUGAAAUAUUUUUUGUUAUAAUUGAUAAGAAUGAUAAUUAUUGACAUUUAUUCGUGACAGUCACAAACAUACGAACAUGUACAGGCAACAAAAGCAGAAAAAGUGGCUGUGACAUAAUCGGACAGACAGACGGACAUGACGAAUCUAUAAGGGUUCCGUUUUUUGCCAUUUGGCUACGGAACCCUAAAAACAGAACAUUAAGACAAGUGCGCAUCACAAAAUGGACCCAACUCAGCAUAAUGCCAGCUAUGAAGCCAGCGCUGGUCUUUCGUAGGACCCAUUCGGUGAUGCCACGACAGAUAACACAUAUAGUACGCUAAAACAUUACAAAAAAAAUCCAAGAAAAAGAUCAUAUACUUACUACUAGAGAAAUGAUAUAAAACACAUGAAGACAACAAUAAUUGUAUUUUAUUUAAGUACGUUUAGGGCAUGUUUCACAAUGUCCAAGUAAAGUCCUGAAUAAGCUACUUGCCACUUAUCUGACGAAUAAGGUCAUCCUUGGCGUUUGACAAUCUUCAAAUAAGCUUAACUGGUAGAUAAAGUGCUAAAUUUGCAGAAAAAAUAUCUGUUAGUUAAUUUAUUUGUUAUUUGCUACCCAAUUCUUUACUUGGAUAUUGUGAAACAGGCCCUUAGGGUACUAAAUACCUAAAUUAUUAAGUAUAGUGAACAGUACCCCUAGUGUAAAUUUGAUCGACAUCAUAACGUGACGAACGCGUUUGCGUUAAGUCUCAUUUUGUAUAGGAUUUUGAAUUUCCAAAACGUCCCGCUUGGCGCGCUCUUUCUAAAUCACAUACAAAAUGAGACUAAACGCAAACGCGUACGUCACGUUUCGAAAUCGAAUUUAUUUACACUAGGGGUACAAGUCCCUAGUGUAAAAUUCGAUAGCGAAACGUGACGUACCCGUUUGCGUUAAGUCUCAUUUUGUAUGUUAUUUUGAGUUUCUAAAACUUUCCGCUUGGCGCGCUAUUUCUAAAUUCCAUACAAAGUGAGACUUAACGCAAACGUCAAGUCACGCUAUUGAAUAAAUUUACACUAGGGGUUCAGUACGAAAUAAUUAAAACGGAAAAUUUCAUCAUUGUAAUUCUUCGUAGCCAUUGGUUUGUGAUUACACCAUAUUUACUAAAAAUAAUAAUUAUGCAUCCAGUUUGACCGUAUCUAAAUGUAUUUAAUAUGGGUAAAUACGGGGAAACACAAUAUUAUUUAUUAUUAGGGAAAACACAAAAACGAUAGGUACCUUGGUAAACAAAGUGAUAUUAAAAUUAAAACUGUUAUUAUUAUAUAUAUUAUCCAAACUAUUAGAAGUAUUAGAAUAAAUUAAAAUUAUUUUCAGAAAA